AUGUUUUCCCAUCUUCGAAUCCACCGACGGGGACCGUCGAAUCCCACGUCACCAAACCCAGACCAGCCCUCGGCGCCCGCUCCCUGGGAUCCCUCGCUUCCCCAGCAGCACUCUCCCUUCAUUCAAGAUGCCGCCUUAAGCCCCGGCAUCCGAUCUCAGCUCUUGACCACGACGAAUUCCUCGCUGCCUCCUACCCUGCCGCCAAUUGCCCGCGUUACCUCGUCCUCCUCCGGGUCCCCGCUCGACCUACCGACGCCCGAUGCGAAAGUGACGCAAGAGCCCCAAAUCCAGAAGCCUCACCCGCCGCCGCCCCCUCCGUCGGCGCGCUCCCCCUACAACGGCGACUCGGGCUUCCUCGGCGGCGUAGCCUUGCGCAAAUACCAGCGGGAACAGCAGGAGCAGCAGAAGCAGCAGAAGCAACAAAUGGCAGCCAAGUCGCCCGAUUUGGCUGGCCUCUCCCCGUCGCUCAUGGCAGCCAUGAAAGUCAAUUCACGGGGUCGAAGCCCGCCCCGCCACCAAUAA